AUGAGGUGGUUCAUUUAUCACCACUACCAUCAAUCUCUCCUGAACAUCAUCAUGACCUCUCCUAAACGCCGAAGAGACGAGUCGCGGUCGCCUGCGUCCAAGGACGCCAAAAAGCUGAAGGUGGAGGACGACGGGACCCCCGACAUGAACGGGGGAACGAACGGGGUUGGGCACGAAAUGAACGGGGAGACUGCCAACUUGAACGGGGUUACUGCUGACUUGAACGGUGUGACUGCCGACUUGAACGGAGUGGUCCCCGACAUUGGCGAUGUUGGUCGCGGUACCCCUCCGCCGAUUGCCCGGUCCACGGCAUCGGUGUCCCCGACCAAGAAAAACGGGCCGCUGGCGGAGGUGCAGAACGUGUUUAGAGCUACCUCGGAGCUGUCUGCGGUUGGGCGGGACAAGAGUGUGUGGAUUCUGGCCAACACGGAGGCGCUGUUUGGCGAUCUGCCGGACGAGGAGUGGAAGCAGUACGCCGACAAGGUGGCCGGAGCGCUGGCAAUGUUGAGACGGGAGUGGCUGGAACUAGAGGACAAGAGGAGGCAGUUGACAGGAGGUCGCAAGAGACGAAAGGCCUGA